UCUUACUUUCCCCUUUCUUCUUCUUCCUCUGUUAUUCAAAUUCUCUCCUCCUCCGGUUGCUACAAAAAGCUCACAUAAAGACUCCACCUAGGGUUUCAUUUUUGAUCUACAGACUUUUCUUCCCAAAUCUCCUUCGAGAAUUUCUUCUCGAUUUUGAAGGAAUUCUAAAGAAGACAUUUUUGGUUGGGAAAUUAAAAUCAGAAGAAAAUUUGGUGAAUUUUCUUUUUUGGAUUUGUUUGUAGGCGAUCGAAGCGAUCUUUAAGUUAAUUGAUUAAGAGGAGAUAGGUUUUUGGAUCUAAGGUUUGAAAAGAUGAAUUUCACAGGUACACUUGAGAAAUGUAAUGUUUGUGAUAAGACAGUUUAUGUUAUGGAUCAGUUACAAGCUGAUGGACUUUCUUUUCACAAGUCUUGUUUCAAGUGCAGUCAUUGCAAAGGAACUCUAAAGCUGAGCAGCUUUUCGUCAAUGGAAGGAACCCUUUAUUGCAAACCUCAUUUCGAACAACUCUUCAAGGAAUCUGGAAAUUUCUCUAAGAAUGUCGUCUCAUCUGUAAAGUCUGCUGAGAAGUUGACAAGAAAUUUGUCUAGAUCACCCAGUAAAGCUGCUAGCAUGUUUUCUGGUACACAAGAUAAAUGUGCAACCUGUGGAAAGACUGCUUAUCCACUCGAGAAGGUGACUGUUGAGAGCCUGUCAUAUCACAAGUCAUGUUUCAAGUGCAGUCAUGGUGGUUGUGCGCUUACUCCAUCAACUUAUGCUGCUCUUGAUGGCAUUCUAUACUGCAAACACCACUUCUCCCAACUCUUCAAGGAGAAGGGCAGCUACAACCAUCUAAUUAAAUGUGCUUCAAUCAAGCGUGACGCAGCGGCGGCAGCAGCAGCAUCAACCCCAGCCCAAGCCAAACCCGCCAGUGUACCAGAGGAAGCUUGACCGCUGGUAAAGAAAUCAUGUUUUGCACUGAGCAUGAGAAGAAGAAAGUGGUUGAAUUGUCCACUUUAACAGAGGUCAUGUUUGUUUUCUUUAGUUUCUAAAUCUGGUUGUGUUGUUGUGUUUUAAUGUUUGCUUCCAUUUUCCCAUCUCACAUUCUCUAUCUAUUGCCCUCUCUAUGGGAAAAUGACAACCUUGGGUUUCUGUUUCAAAAUCAUAUGGUGUUGUGCAUUUGAAUCCGUAGGGAUAUAUUCCCCCAGGCGAUUUGAGAUACAUAUAUGCAGUGUCCUGUUACUGCAAAUGUGAUUGUUAUAUUAUUAUCAACCAAAUGUAGUGCCAAAAGACAUGGGUUUGUUCUAAAAAAUUUCUGUUCUUCAGCAUUACUGGUGGUUGAUGAUCUCUACAACAUGCUUGUAAAUUGUAUUCGCAAGUGCCUCACCUUGUAACUUAAAUGGAAAACAAUGAAUUGUUCUGCAAAA